AUGUCCGCCGCGGAACUGUUCCCCGGCGCGGGCGCGUCCCCCGGCGUGGAGGUGUGGCGCAUCGAGCGCCUCGAGCCGGUGAAGCAGCCGAGAGACUUCUCCGGGAAGUUCCACGUCGGCGACAGCUACGUCGUGCUGCACGCGUUCGAGGCGUCGAGAGAUCGCUCCCCGGACGACGAUGGCGCGAUCGGCGGGUCCUCCGCCUCCCCGUCGUCCCCGUCGUCGUCGUCGUCUUCGCGCGCCCCCCGCGCCGCGCGACUCGCGAUGAACGUCCACCACUGGAUCGGCGCGGCGUCCUCCCAGGACGACGCCGGCGCCGCGGCGACGCUGAUGACCGUCGAGCUCGAUCGGCUCCUUGAAAGGCGUCAGUUGGAGUUGAAAGGCGUCGAGAGCGUCCGCCCGACGCAGUUAUUUCUCGAGACCCAGGGCGCGGAGAGCGGAGAGUUUCUUCAGCUCUGGCGUCACUCUGGCGUCGCGUACCUGGACGGCGGCGUCGACGGCGCGCCUUUGGCGGAGCUCGACGCGCGGUCGUGCGAGACGCGGCUGCUGCGCGUCGAGGGCGGCGGACGAUGCGCGCGCGCGUGGCAGGUGCCGGCGCGGGCGUCGUCGCUCAACAGCGGCGACGUGUUCAUCCUCGACGCGGGACGAAGGUUGUAUCAGGCGCGUUCUAUUACCACACUGGUCCCCAUACGACCGCGUCGGCGUGGUGAACGCCGUUCCUUGAGGACUUUACUUCCCGGCGCAUCGCUCCGCCCAUCACCCCUCGCUUUCGAUCCCCGACACACCUCGACGCCUUUCAACUCCACCCUGACUCCUUUGAACUCCACCCCGCCGUUCGCUCGUACGGACCCUCGACCCUCAGUGGAACGGGAAAGAGUCGAGCCGCCGCGAGCGCGCCAAGGCCCUAGACGUCCUCCUCGCCAUCAGAGACGACGACGAGCACGGGGGCAAGUCCGAAGUCUUCGCCCUGGACGAGGGCGUCACCGUGCUCGGCGCGGAGGGAUUCUACGAGGCCCUGGGCGUCGACGCGGCGGCGGCGGCGUCGCCGAAGAAGAUUCGCGUCGCGCCCGCCGCCGCCGCGGGACGCGCGGCGGACGACGCGGUCGACGCGCUCUCCGACGGCGUCGUGCGACUCCUCACCGUGGACGUGGACGGUGGCGACGACGGCGACGAUGA